AUGGGCAACGCUGGCUCUAACAAGCCAAUCGUCUUCGUCUUUGGAACCCAGAAGGGCGACACUGACGGGAGAAGAAAGAACCUGUCAGCGAUUAACACCCAGGUCGCUUAUCUUGCUCACGAGCGUCGCCGCGAGAAGAAGAAUCGGCAACGAGCCCAAGCAAAAGAGGACGCGAAAGCAGACAAGCAAGCACCGUCGGGUGAGACCUUACCGUCGUCUUCGAAGUCAUCAUCAGUCAAAGUAGAGAACGAUGUCGCCAAUCCAGUCAAAUUCGCACCAUCGCAAGUACAAUGUCUGAACGCGAAAUUUGUGCCGCGCCAACUGCCGCUUGGUCACCAAGCCCAGAUAAUAUCCGAAGCUCGUGUCCCUCCACAACCACCAACCCAGCUUUUCAGCUCUGUAGACACACGACGACCACAAAAUGACAGACGCGAAUCUGACACGGGAUCUGAUAGCAGUUCUGACCGUGAAUCCUUCUGGUCGAUAUCGCCAGCAGCACGUCGCGAUUCCACACCAGGAACUGAGAUUUCCGACCUAACACCACCCGCACCUCUACAACUCAAUGGCUACUUUGACAGAGCCUUGGACCCAUUUUUCAUGCUACCAGUCGCAGCUUCCGACCGAGAGCAAUGGCUGGUGCAAUUCUAUCGCGACUGGGUGUCAAUCUAUGUCCAGAAAAAGUCAUUAUGUUUCCAAUGGCUUCUAAUCCUCGCCGAGGAAUUUCUGGGGAUGAUUGGAGGACAGCAGGAUCAAACCAAAACGAUCGAGCGUAAAGCAAAAGCGUAUCGGGAUCUGAACUCUGCUUUGAAGAGCCGAGUAGUCAACCGAGACGAAGGCAUCAGUGGCAUAAUGUAUGCUGCGAUAGUCGAUACCACAAGCACAAGCGUACACCUGGGUGCACUCGACCGGCUCAUCAAUGAUACAGGUGGUUUCGAGGCAUUUCUGGAUGGGCCGCUUGGCAUCGCUCACCCUGAGCAUGUGGCAACAGUAUAUGCGUUUGGGCGAUGCCCAAUAGCUAAUGCUACCGACCUAGAGAACACAAAAGCAGGUUUUCUAGGUGCACUCAAAUUUUUGCACAAUAAUUCAAAACAAGAAUUAGAAGAAAAGAGACGAAUUCGGAACAGACGACCCUGGGAUACACUCAGUCGCCAAGUCAUCGAUGGGAAUGGUGUUCUUGUGGCGUCGAAUCAAGACGAACACAUGCGGUACUAUAUCAAAGCGCAACAAGACUGCUUCGCAAGUGACAGCCUGUCAUCAUUGCUGAACACGACGCUCAACACUGAUGGCGAUUUCACUUCACAAGCACGACAUCUCGCAUGUCUACUUCAAACGUCCCUUAUCUUGCACGAAUUUGAGACCGACUAUCUCGUGAAGGCCACAUUUCUCAAGCGUCUACAGUAUGUCUGCCAAAUGAGUACAGCCAGAGAUCACACAGGGAAGCCACUUCUGUCACAUGCUGGGCUGUUGUUGAUCAACUCUUUUGUACGGCAAGAGGUACAGGGAUACAUUGAUCGGGCUAAAGUGCUUACCAAGGCUGUAAAGAUCAGUAAGGCAGUGGUUGACUGUCUCAAAACUUUCGGUCUCCUGCAGCAAACGACCCGUUCAAUGCUUGUGUCGUGGCUGAGAGGUUGGCUGAUCAACAACGACCAUUUUGCCAACCUUGACUUCGUCGAUUUGCAGGAAGCAGAUCUGACUGUAAUUGGAGAGGAGAUCACGGAUUCGUGGCUUCGAUCAGCGAGCAAGGGUUGA